AUGAAACCAGCAUCGUUCGCAGACGCAGUAAUCACUGCCUCCAAGACCACCGAUGGUCACUCCCUCGCCCAACUAUUCGCCAUCGGAGGACCAAUCGCCGCAUCCCUUCUCCUCGAACUUGGCGAUCCUCGACCUAACCGUAUCAUCUCUUCCCUCCGCAAAUGCUCAGGAUACCUCUCUUCGCCAUGGGAAGAUAUGUGUCUGCAUCACUUAUCCUCCCUCUAUUCCUUCUCGCUCGCUUCUUCUCUAUCCACUUCUUCUCUAUCCACUUCAGGGCCGUAUGCCGUGGACGCCGAGGGGAAAAGUAGGGCGGAGAGGUUAGGCGAAGCGUUCGAUUCGUAUAAUGCAGCGGUCACUGCUUUUGUGAGGUAUUUUGCUACGCUUACUCCCGGAAGAUGGGCUAUUCCGCUAUUGAGGAUACUGUGUUUGAACUUGAGGUGGUUGGCCGUACAAGCGGACCAAGCAGCACUCGAGGCGAGCAAUGACGGUCGAUCAGGGAAAGGUGGAAGUUCGAAUCAUCCAGUAGCAGCAGCAAUCGUCGCUCCCACCGUACGAACAUCUAGCGUAGCAAACAAAAGAUUGGAAGAAUGCGCAAGGCAACUCAACAAAGCUUUCACAGCUUGCAUCGCAGAUCGUAACGUUGAUGUGCAAGAUAGCCGCAAAUGGGGAACCUACGAAAUCGUCGGAAUGGUCUUCAAGACUUAUUUUCGACUGAAAUCCGUCUCGCUCUGUCGGAACAUCUUAAGAGCUAUCUCUGCAGCAGUACUUCCGGAUCUAGAACUCUUCCCAAAAUCACAACAGGUCACCUUCCGAUACUACGUAGGGGUGUUAGCGUUUUUGAACGAGGAGUAUGAUAAAGCCGAAGCCCAACUGAGUGCAGCGCUCAGAAUGUGUAAUAACAAGGCGGUCGGAAAUCAAGUCAUGAUCCUAACCUAUCUUAUCCCAAUCAAACUCGUUAAAGGUUACCUACCCUAUCCAGCACUACUCGAUAUCAAACGACAACCAUACAUUGCCCGGAAAUUGGCAGCCUAUAUACCAUUCAUCAGCGCACUACGACAAGGAGACGUAAAGAGUUUCGACUCAGCCUUAAACAACCCUAUCAUAGAAAGAUGGCUGGUCAACAAAGGAAGUUUUAUCGCCAUGGAACGUGCUCGUGAUGUUACCCUGCGAACUCUUCUCAAACAUAUCUGGUUAAGUCUACCACAAGCAGAACCACCGUCGAGACCAACGAGGUUAAGUUUGGAAACUCUACACAAAGCAACUUCAAGCAAUCUCAUCGGAUUAGGCUAUGAGCUCAACCAACUCGAAUGGCUCUUGGCUACCUUGAUAUAUAAGGGUUAUGUGAAAGCGUAUAUUGCUCAUGAACGCGCAAUCCUCGUUCUCAGUGCCAAUAAUCCUUUUCCUCCACUCAGUAGCGUUCCUACCACUUGA